UAAAAAUCAAGUUAUAUAUAAACUUGCAAUAUUAGUUAAAGGCCCCUCUCCCACUCCCCUUGUAAUAUGAUCAUACAAAUAAUAAACUUUUAGUAUUAUUCCUUAACAUUAGUUACUUGCUUUGAAAAAUGACACAAAACCGCACACCAUUUCUCAUAAAGAAAACAGACUCAGUAAAAAAACUAUCAACACUCUUUACCAGAUACAAUUAUCAAUAGUGGGAAACAAGCUUGUUAGCAUUGUAUUCUUUUUAAUAGUGAGUUAUACAGAAUUAGUACGUUUGUAAUCAUCCAAAAAAAUUUGGGAGAAAUUCAUAGUCAUAUAGCAUUAGAACUCAUAAUAUAAUCCCCCCAUACAAUGUCAGCAUUUGGUCAACCGAACCAAAACUCAUCUGGUAAUUCAGGGGCAUUCCUGUUUGGUCUGGGAUCAACAAAUAAUUCUGGUGAUCAAACAAAACCUUCACCAUUCGGGGGAUUUUCUGGUCUGAACAGUGCGAACAAUAGUGGUCGUAGUACACCGGCUUUUUCAUUUGGUGCAUCAUCAAAUGUUCAAGGGUCUAGUGGUACUGCUACUGAUGGUUCUAAACCAGCUGGUGGAUUAUUUGGUUCAGCAGCUCCUGCUCCUGCUGCAGGUUCUUUAUUUGGAAGUAAACCAUCAUCUGCUAGUCCCUUUGGAUCAUCAGCUACUGCUCCAAGUGGUGGAUUAUUUGGUGCAUCUCAAACUAAUUCAACUUCUGCCCCUGCUCCUGCUGCUGGUGGAUUAUUUGGUAAUAAACCUAAUUUAAGUGCUCCAGCCUUUGGGUCAUCUGCUCUGACUGCACCAUCUGGUGGAUUAUUUUCCAGUAAUACAUCUGCUACUAAAGAAGCAACUCCAGCUCCUAGUGCUGGAGGUUCAUUAUUUGGUAGUGCCAACAAUUCAUCCACUGGAUUAUUUGCUCCAAAACCUCAAGAUGCAAAGACAGAUAAACCUGCAAGUCCAUUUGGUGCUGCUCCUACUGGAUCAAAUCCAACUCCAAGUUCAUUCAGCUUUGGAGCUCCUAAAUCAGAUGCCACUAAACCAGCCUCAUCUGGUGGAUUAUUUGGGGCCUCUACUACUUCCACUGAUAAACCAGCCUUCAGUUUUGGAGGUGCUUCUACAACUUCUACAGAUAAAAAAGAAGGUGGUUUAUUUGGAGCUGCUGUUCCAAGAGAAUCGUCGACUCCUGCUCCAUCUUCCGGUUUCUCAUUUGGAUCGAAACCAACUGAAUCUACAACUAAUACUACUGCUGCACCAGCUCUUUCUGGAGGAUUAUUCGCUAAGAAAGAUGAUUCUACAUCCGCUUCAGCUUCAGCAUCCCCAUCUACCUUUUCAUUAGGUGGUAGUGCUAAACCAGAAGAACCUAAAAAGGACACUGGAUUUUCACUUGGUGGUGCUAGUUCAUCUACUGGAGGGUUUUCAUUCGGUGGAGCUUCUAAAGCUACUCCUGCCGCCUCUGCAGCUCCUUCCAAUGGAGGUUUAUUUGGAGCUAAAAAGGAUGAUGACAAGCCAGCCUCGGGUGGAUUUUCGUUUGGUGCUAAAAAAGAUGAAAGUUCUGAUAAACCAGCUACCGGAGGUUUCUCUUUCGGUGCUAAGAAGGACGAAAGUACCGAUAAGCCUGCCACUGGAGGAUUUUCUUUCGGUGCCAAGAAAGAUGAAAGUGCUGAUAAACCUGCAACUGGAGGAUUUUCAUUUGGAGCUAAGAAAGAUGAUUCUUCUAAACCUGUUACACCAGCUUUAGGAGGUGGAUUCAGCCUUGGUGGUGCUAAAAAGGAUGAAGCUAAAAGUGAUAGUAAACCUGCUUCUAGUGGCAUUUCCUUUGGUGCCCCAAAGACAGAUGAUAAGCCUGCUAGUACUGGAUUAUUCGGAGCCAAGAAAGACGAGGCUGGUGAUAAGAAAGAAGAUAAACCAGCAGGUGGAUUCUCAUUUGGUGCUCCUAAAAAGGAUGAGGAAAAGAAAGAUAAUACAUGCGGUAAUACAACCACUACCACUACAACAACUACUACAACGACUACCAAUGCUUCAGUUGAUCAACCUAAUUUAAAACCUACUAAAAUUGAACCUAUUGCCGUAUCAAUAGAUAAUAAGACAUUAGAUGAUUUAAUAAUCAAAUGGUCUAAGCAGUUAACCAGUACAUCUAAGAUUUUUGAUAGUUAUACAGCAAGAGUAAAACAAUGGGAUGAACAAUUAGUUAGUAGUGGAGAUGAUAUAUUACAAUUAAAUCAAGAUACUUUAGAAGCUGAAGCAUUACAAAGUAAGAUUGAUCAACAUUUAUUAUUUGUUGAGAGUCAACAAGAUGAAUUAGAAUUAUUAUUAGAUAAUUACGAACAACAAGCUGAUAUAUUGUUAAAUAAUAUUGAUUUAAACAGUGGUAGUGUUGGACUUAUAACUCAAGGUGGAGAUAGUACAAAUACAGGUGAUGAUAACUCCAAUAAUUCUACAGCUGUACAAGCUGUAGCUAGUACAUUAAGUGUUACUGAUAAAUUACGUGAGAAAGCUUAUCAUUCAGCCGAAUUAUUAGAUGAAAGGUUAGAUAAUUUGAGUGAUAAUUUGAGUACAUUAAUUAAUGAAGUAAAUUCAGUUAGUGAUGUAUUCACUAAGAAUUCCAUCAAUGAUUUUGCUCAAGCUGGUAAUGAUAAUAGAUCAUCAACUACUUGUACACAAGAUCUUACUAAAGUUAGUAAAAAUAAUGAUAAUAAUCCUAUUGAAGAAAUAGUCCAAUUAUUAAAUUUACAUUUAGAAAACUUGAAGUAUAUUGAAAAGAGUGAAGAAGAAUUAAAGGAAAAAUUAUCUAAAGUCAACCGUACUAAAAAGUUGACAUACUAGUUCUAAUUCUAUGAGUGUGCUUAUAAAGUUUGAUAUAUUAAUUCUCUGUGUGUACUAAUAAAAGUUAACAUAACCUGUGUGUGUUUACAUAUAAUAAUAAAUAAAAUGUCGUAAGAUAAAACACACCAAAAAAUAAAAAUUAUAGAACUCAAUUACAAUUUUAAUUUCACUUCCCAGGGAUAUAGUGGAUUGCACGUGAUUAUUUAUGGUCUCACUUUGACCCCACCAUUCGGAAUUCGGUAUAGACUUGACUUAAAUAAAGGGUACUAGUAAUAUAUAUAGACUGAUAAAAUUGU